AUGCUCAAGGUCCCUGAACAUCAAGUUGCUGGUCACAUUGCUAGAGAUGGGAAGCUUGGUCCACUUGUAGACGACGAAGGCAGAUUCUAUAAGCCACUUCAGGGAGAUGCUCGUGGCGAAAACGAGGCUAAGUUCUAUGAGUCCUUCUCAUUGAACAAGGAGGUUCCGGAUCACAUUCAUCGAUAUUUCCCCGUGUAUCAUGGCACUCAGCUAGUUGAAGCAUCUAAUGGAUCUGGUAAGCUUCCACACAUGGUUCUUGAAGACGUUGUUUCGGGGUAUUUAAAUCCGUCGGUAAUGGAUGUUAAGAUUGGAUCUAGGACAUGGUAUCCUGAUGUAUCUGAAGUGUACUUCAAGAAAUGCAUUAAGAAAGAUAGAGAGACCACCACGGUUUCCUUGGGGUUUAGGGUUUCGGGUUUUAAGAUUUUUGACCACCAAGAAUCGAGCUUUUGGAGACCCGAUAAGAGGGUUGUUCUUGGGUAUAAAGUCGAUGGCGCUAGGUUGGCUCUGAGGAAGUUUGUGUCAUCGAACUCGCUUGCUGACUCUAACUCAAUUCCAAACUGUGCUUUUGCGUCUGAGGUUUAUGGCGGUUCUAAUGGGAUCUUAGCGCAGUUGCUGGAGCUUAAGGCUUGGUUUGAAACCCAAACGAUUUUCCAUUUCAACUCUUGCUCGAUUCUGAUGGUUUAUGAGAAUGAUUCGUUCUUGAUGAAAGGAGGAGCUACUGAGCAGGCGCCGCGGGCACAAGUAAAGCUGGUUGAUUUCGCGCAUGUUCUCGAUGGAAAUGGCGUUAUUGACCAUAAUUUCUUGGGUGGACUCUGCUCUUUUAUAAAGUUCGUCAAAGAUAUUCUUCAGAUUGUAGAAGAGCGCGAUGAUAUCGAUACUUCCAGGCUUGAAAACGGGCACUAG